AUGUCAAACCCACCUCCUUCUGGGCCUAUUCCUCUUCAUCUAGUCUCAAAUGUUGAUGACCCAAUCCGCAUGUCUGAUCCUGCUGUUUUAAAUAAUGAAGCGGUACCCCACGUUUCUCCUUUAAAACUUGAUUUCAUUAAUAACCUUGAAACAUCGGAUGAUGAUGUUUUAAUUAUCCCAUCGGAUAUCAUUUCAAAGGGAAGCAUUCCUUUUGAACGUACUUUAUAUGGUUAUUUUGUGGGUAAAAGAUUUGCCUUUCCGCUUGUCAAAGAUCGGCUCCAAGACAUUUGGAAGGAACAUGGGAUAUGUGACAUUUUUAUCAAUAAUGAUGACAUGUUCUUUUUUAAAUUUGACAACGACAAGGGUAUGAAUUACGUCCUCCAAAAGGGAAUUUGGAAGAUUAAUGGUAUCCCGCUUUUUCUAAGGAAAUGGGACCCGAAUGUUUUCAUUGAAAAACCAACUCAUGAUCGGGUUCUUGUGUGGGUUAACAUUUUUGGCAUCCCUCUCCAACUUUUUAAUAAGGAUGGCUUGAGUCUUAUUGCUAGCAAACUUGGAAAGCCUUUGGAGGUGGAUUCUUAUAGAACUACCAUGUGUGAGCAGGCUACAGGUAGAGCGGUUUAUGCUCGUAUCCUCAUUGAGAUGUCGGCUAAUGCCCCUUGGGCUAAAGAAAUAAAAAUCAAAGCAUUUACGGCUAAAAGUGCAACAUCUACUUCCCUCCGAGUGGAGUAUUCUUGGAUCCCGAAGAGAUGUGACCAUUGCAAAAUCUUUGGUCAUGACCAUGCCACUUGCCCCACUCACAUGACUAGCACCCCCGUCCAAAAGACGACUACGUCCAUACCUAAAGAAGUUGACAAAGAAGGUUUUCAAACGGUUAAAAGAAGAACGCGAGCAAUUCCUAUUCCUAAAAAGAAGGUUCAAGUCGACAAUCGCAAAGGUAAAGGGCCUGCACUAAAGAUCACUCAAGCCUACAAGCCAAUCUCUCGUGAUCCGAAGAAAAAGAAUAUGUCUUCCAACAUGUUUGAUGCCCUCUCGCAUCAAAGAAUUGGCGACACUGAAGUUGAUUCUAGCAUCCCUCCUGUCAUCCUUCCCAGAGAUACAUUCCCAACUUCCGAUACUCAUGAGAGCUCCUCUCACGGUGGCCAUAUCUCUAUUCCAGUUGACCAGGAUUGA